AUGCCUCCGCGACCAGGCGAGGAUACCGUAUUGACGGUCUUCGCAGAUAUUCAUUAUUACUUUACGGCGCCAACCCCUAAGCCUCGAUAUCAUCGAUUUGAUAAAAGCUCCUAUGUAUACAUCCACCAUGACGCGGCUCAGAAGAAGUCCCGGUUUGAAAUAGCCAAUCACCCCGGGACGGCGGAGCAGGAUGCAUUUACUGGAGCCUUGGAUAAUGUGCAUAUUCAACAUUCAGACCAAUUUCCUACUCGUUUCACCCUAACGGUGGACGGCUUGACCGGAUCACCUCAACCUGAAGCAUCACAAUAUGAAUGGCGGCUACCCAGCGACGACGGACAGGAUUUAAUUCGCAUCCACACGAUAGACAUGUAUCUCUGGACAGUGGACGAUGCAAAUCACUUCCUGGACACGGCUACCCAGUUCCUGUCCGCUUCUCAGGUGGAAACUGAUGGAGAGCCGGUUGUUCAACAACCGGAGGCACCUAUGAGCUCUGUGGUGCAGCAACUCGAGAACAUUGCGAUCUCAGACCCGGCAUAUCAGAAUGGUCAGACUCGAAACUCUCGAUCCGAGUCGACAACAGUACCAGCUGCGGUAUCACCUCCGCAGCCGCCUGCCCAAUCCCUCAGUUUCCCGCCUCCUCCAAGUGCACCGGCAGCCGAGCCUCAGCAAUCGCCCCAGCAGUCACAAUCGGCAUACCAAACGCCAGCCGAGGAAAAGAAAGAAUCGCCAGCUUUCACUCCGUUGCCAUACAACCCUGCUGCUCCUCCUGCGCCGGAACCCAUCUCUCAUCGCGAGAAGACACCCCCACCGGAAGACGGCGCCGAAGGCACCGGCCUGAUGGCCGCCGCUGCCGCAGACCAGGGAACGCCAUACACCCCACCACAUCAAGUAGGCGGCGCCGUGGGAAUAGGAGCACUUUCUCCCCCGCCAACCGGCCCAACCGGUUAUGCUUCACCACCGCCCAGCGCGGGCCUGGCACACGCCAGCACGUUCCCAUUAUCCUCCCAGCCUCUCUCAAGCCCUGGCGUUGCAUCGUUCCAACAAUCCUUCAUGACUGGCCAGCAACCGCCCCAGUCUCAAUACCAGCAGCACUAUGACUCGCACAGAUCUAGCUCCAUGUCGUUUGCGCCGCCUCCGCCCCAGCCUCAGUCCCCGCCCCAAGCGCCUGCGCACCAUCAGGACCCUAAUGCUCAUUUAUUCAGUGGGGCUGUAUAUGGAAACCCGUUGUCACCGCCGCCAGUGGGCUUUUCAAAUUACUCGUACGAUCAGCCGCAGCAGGUUGCGCCGGGUACGUCGGAGUAUGAUGUGCAUACGCAGGUUUAUCGGCCUACGGAGGCCGAGGUGGGUUCCCACGGACACAAGCAAGCGAUCAAAUCAAUGAAAGCUCCAGGGCAGAGGUCGCAGACGUUUCAGCAUGGUGCGUCGCGGAUCGACAGCGGAGUGAAUCGGUGGUUGAAGAAGCUGGAGAAGAAGAUUGGUUGA